CUAUGUGACUGAUGGGUAAUCCUGGUUUACUGUUCAGACAAAACUACGCAGGACCUCCUCAAGAUGCCCUCUUCGACCAAUGAAGCCAAUCUACCAACCUAUGAACCUUUACCAAAUGAAGUACAAAUGGAUUCUCCGCAGUCUAAUGUGUACAGCAAUCUGGCAGAGUUCAAUGUCCAUACAGCUCCUAUGGGGUAUGAUGUCCCCCCGGCUCAGCAGAUGUGGAAAGUGCCUACUGUUGCCCCCCAGUGGAGCUUUGCUGCUGUCUUACCUCAAAUUACUGAGUCUUCAGCCUUUUACCAGACCUUUCUAAAGGCCAAGCCCAAAGCUCUCGGUAUUGUUAUUAUCGUGGCUGCCCUCUUGCAGGUUGCUGUGGGGAUUGGUUUAUUUUUCACUAUGUUUUCCAUUGCCUUGCCCAGUGGAAUCCCCUUCUGGGGUCCUCUUAUUUAUAUCAUUGCUGGAUCGCUGACAAUCGCAGCUAAGGCCAAACCCAACAUUUGUCUGGUGAAAGGCUCCUUGGCCUUGAACAUCAUUACAUCAAUAUUCACAUUUAUUGGACUAAUCCUGACUAUUGUAGACUAUCACAUCAUCUGGUGUUUUACCCACACAUCAUACCGCAGAAGAAUUGUUGGCGGAUAUUUAAUUCAAACCAUUCUUCUGGUGACAAACCUGCUGCUAUUUUCUACAUCUAUAGCUGUGUCUGUAUUUGGAUGCCGUUCUCUGAAUCAUGCAUCAUCCAUAGUCCCUCAGGUGUUUGUGAUACAGAAUGAUGUUGUGAUUUCAAUGCCCCCCUCAGUAUAUGCAGCUACAGCACCAGCAUUUCCUCAACCAUCAGCACCACUUCCUCCACCACCUUACAUGGUCCAAGAAGAAAAAGUCAGACCAGAAGCCUAAAAAAACGGGUGUAAAAUAUAGUCUAGUGAAAGCAAAGUGGAUUCAAACUGAAUC